CCAGGUAAAGGAUAUUCAAAUUUUAUAUAUAAAGUAUGCGCAAACUUGGGCCCUACAGGUGUUUUCGACUGCAACUCCCACAAUAACAAUAGAAACAAAAAGCGAAAGCAACUGGUGGUGGUUUGGAUUAUUUUUGCUCCUCGCAGGAUUCCGUAGCGCAAGGGGGUGUGGCCAAAGUGACACGUUUCCAAGUAGGCGCAGAAUGCGUACCGCCGCGCCACGGUCUGGGGGCGUGGCCAAGGCCCUUAAAAGGGGCGUGGCGGAAGGGGAUGUUCUUAAAGGGGCCGCGCGGCAGAAUGAGGCCACAUUGCCAAGGCGGAGCCGGUGGGGCUGCAGGUAAGCCAGCCAGCCAAGCAGGACUUGUCGGAAUGGCUCUCAGAUCCUGGAAGGUGUGCCGUUGCUGAUGUGGCCAAUGGGACCAUGGCCAAAGAAAUCCUGGUGACGGGCGGAGCCGGAUACAUAGGCAGCCACUGUGUGCUGGAGUUGGUCGAGGCUGGCUUUGCCCCCGUGGUCAUCGACAACUUCCACAAUGCCAUUCGAGGGAGCAACACGGUUCCCGAGAGCAUUUGGCGGGUGGAAGAAAUCGUCGGGAAAAAGAUCCCAUUCCAUGAGCUGGACAUUCUUGACGAGACGGGCCUCCAGAACCUGUUCAAGAAGCAUCGCUUCUCGGCAGUGAUACACUUUGCGGGUCUCAAAGCUGUGGGAGAGUCGGUCCAAAUGCCGCUGGAAUACUACAAGGUGAAUCUGACUGGGACCAUCCGGCUGCUGGAGACUAUGAAAGUGCACGGAGUCAAGAACUUGGUGUUCAGCAGUUCGGCCACCGUCUAUGGAGACCCGGCCUACCUCCCCCUUGACGAAAAGCACCCAGUUGGAGGCUGUACCAACCCUUACGGCAAAUCCAAGUAUUUCAUUGAAGAGAUGAUCCGAGACUUGUGCAAGGCAGAGCCCGACUGGAAUGCUGUCCUCUUGCGGUACUUCAACCCCAUCGGAGCUCACAAAUCAGGAAAAAUUGGAGAGGACCCCCAAGGGAUUCCAAACAACCUGAUGCCUUAUGUUGCCCAGGUGGCUGUGGGACGCAGAGACUACCUGAACGUAUUUGGGAAUGACUACAGUACAGUGGAUGGGACAGGCGUUCGGGAUUACAUCCAUGUGGUGGAUCUUGCCAAGGGACACAUCGCAGCAUUGAAGAAGCUCAAGGAGAAUUGUGGCUGCAAGAUCUACAACCUGGGGACAGGUACUGGCUACUCAGUCCUGCAGAUGGUGAAAGCCAUGGAAAAGGCGUCAGGAAAGGAGAUAAAGUACAAGAUCAUCGCACGGCGGGAAGGAGACAUUGCCUCCUGCUUUGCAAACCCAGCCCUGGCAGAAGAGGAACUGGGCUGGAAAGCGGUCUUCGACCUGGACAGAAUGUGUGAGGAUUUGUGGAGGUGGCAGUCACAGAACCCCUCAGGCUUCAGCAAGAACUAGCCCCGGGAAGAGGGUGUCCGCUCCUAAGUUAGCACAGCCCUCGCUGCGCCAGUGCCAGGCCAAGGACUGGGUAGCUUCUCACUCAGGGAAGGCCAUUGCUCCUGCUUUUGUCCCUCUGUCACUCCCUCCCUUUUGUAUGAUUGAUAUGCAGCUGACAGGUGGAACCAAUAGCCCUCCUGCAUUGUCCAUUCCCCUCAUUUUCCUGACAGCCAGGUUCGUACAGGACAAGGACCAAAGUGUAAAUGAAAAAUGACAGUAGGACAGCCCUGUAUGGCAUCCUUUGUAGACCAAGGUUUUAUGACGGUUACUAUUUGGAACCCAACUUCCACAGCUGGUUCUUUAUCAUUUGCAGCUCUGAGAUGGAAAUAGCUUAGUUGGAAGCUCAGCUACUAAAAUGGGGACUGGGAGAUGCUGACUGUAGGCUGGGUAGACUGUUGCAGCUUGGGCCUCGACCCUUUAUCAUUACCCUUUCAGUUUCCUGUUUCUAAAUUAUUAAUAAGUAAAAUGACAGUGGGAGAGAAGUACAUCCAACUCCUCAUGGAGUUGGAAAGCAGCUGAAAGUCCUGCUAGAAUCCUAAAGGGGCAAAGGCUGAAUAAAAUCCCACAUUUUCUGCUUUGAACUGGAAUAUAUGACAGUGUGGACUCCAAUAACAUAGUUCAAAGCAGAUAUUGUGGGAUUGUUUGCCUCAAUAUUCUGGAUUAUAUGGCUGUGUAGAAGGGCCCUCAAAUGGACUUGGGUUAAAUAUUUGAAACAAGGUACCUUAACCUUGCCCUUUAGCUAGUAAUGUGGGCUGAAAUUCUACACAGCGGUCUAUGUUUUGUAACUUUAUGAACCUGUAGAUAGAAGCAGAAAUGCAAUAAAACUCUACUAAUGAACUGCAAAGAUCACAGAACUCUAGAUAAGGAAGAGACCCCAAGGGUCUCUUCCUGCCUGACAGGAACCCAUAAGCAAAGUACAGUACUCCCAAAAGAUGGCCCUCUAGCCUGCUUAAAAUUUCCACCAAAUUCCAGAUGUACAUCCAGGCACUGGCAAGGGUUUCCCAAUCUGCAUCGGGAGUUUAUGAUGCACCCCAAAAAUUCCCACCCAGUGCCUGGAUGCAUAGGAAGCACUCUACUGGCUACCAUUGUGCAAUGGACUUUGCUGUCUCCAGGUAAAUAUAAAUGUUGCAAAACUAUUCAGGUCCAAUCCCAACCAUCUAAGUCUACCUAUCAAGAGACAAGUCUCAUGCUGAAUUCCAGCCAUUAUUAUUUCCUUCAUUAAAACGAAGACCGACAACCUUGGACAAUGAAGCUGCUCUUUCUGGAAUGGGCAGGUUUUCAAAUGAAUUGGAAGGACCCUUGGGGAACUGCAAGAAAACAAGGAGAGUAUGGUACUGGACCUUCCAAAUUUCCCAAAAAUCAAAUUCAUCACCUAGUUCUAUAGUAAACCUCAAGGUCAGAAGCAUUUCGGUCCCCUCCUCCAAUUAUGAAACAUUUUAUUAAAUCAUUUACUUUCUAA